UUCCCUCCAUUCACCCAUAAACCGCCAGCAAUCAAAAAACAUUUACAUUUUAAAUAUUUUUCAAUGUACAGUGAGAUUAUUACUGCUAGAUUUAAUCAUUUUGUCCAAUAACGACCGAUUCGUCAUUACGAUUUUUUAAUCGUUUAUAACCAGGAUAUACACUUUGGUUGGUCUUAUGAAUGCUAGUGUUUCAAGUGUACGUUGUGAUCGUCAUAACCAUCGAAAAAAAAAAUUUAUUGUCACUGAUGACGUUGAAUGGAAUACGUACAUGAUUUUUUAAUAUUUUAUUAUUUAUCAUAUGUGUAUAUGUGUGUAAGGAAAAUUACCGCCAGUUUAUUUGACCACGACCACCUCUAUUUUAAAAUGUUUUUACAUAUAUUCGUUUAUAUCCUUUUGUCUGUAUGAUUCGCCUAAAUAAAUAAAUUUUUUAUCUAUAAUCUACUUUGACCGCUAAUAAUGGCAACCGAAGCUACUCGAAGUCAAUUGGCUGUGAUAGAAAAUCUUGAUGAAAAAAUUAAUGAAAUUCGUGAAUAUAUUGAAAAACAAUAUGAAAAGAAUAAAGAAUUAUAUGAUGAAAGUGAUAUUGAACGUGUUCGUACCGAUGAUUGGACUGUCGAAAGAUUUAUUCGUCGACGAAAAACCAUGAAAGAAUCGAUAGAAAUGUUGGAUAAUACUCUCAAAUUUCGUCAUGAAAUGGAUAUGCCUCGAUUGAAGGAAGACGAUUUUCCAGAAGAAUUUCAUAAAAUUGGUACAAUGUUCUGUUAUGCCAAUGAUAAACAAGGCAAUGGUAUGAUUUAUUUUCGUAUUCGACUCCAUCGUAAGGUUAAAGAAUUGGAACGUGAAUUCAAACAAUUUAUUCUCUUUAAUGUGGAAAAAAUGGAUCGAAUAACCAAUGGUAAUGGUAUAGGUAUCGUUUUCGAUAUGAAAGGAGCUGGUAUAUCGAACAUGGAUAUGGAUAUGAUUUGGUUUUUAGUAUCUUCAUUGCUCAAUUAUUAUCCUAUCGGUAUCAAUUACAUAUUGGUAUAUGAAUUAACAUGGAUAUUUCAAUCGGCAUGGAAUGUAAUCAAAGGUUGGUUACCAGCCGAAACACGAAACAAGAUUAAAUUUUGUAAAGAAGAUGAAAUUUUUGAUUAUAUCGAUCGUGAAAAUCUACCAAUGUAUUUGGAUGGUACUUGUCGAUUAAAUUAUCAUCAUGUACCUAAAAAUUGUCGAUCAUCAAUGGAAAUUGGUCAAGAACGUGGAAAAACACUUAAAGAAAUCAAUAAAUUUAUGAAAAUUUUUCAACCACUAUUGGAUGAAGCAGAUGAAGAGAGUAAAAUUUUACAAUCAGACGAUUAAAUUUUAUCAAUUCGAACAUAUAUUCUGUACAAUUUUAUCAAUGUCUGUGAAGCAAAUUCUUUUUAAAAUAAUAAAUUGAUUUUAAAAAUUUGAAA